AUGAGCACACCUUUGUCUUCCCUUGGCAAGACCCGGAAAGUGCCCCUGCUGUCGGAGAAUGUGAAUUCAGGGAGGCGAGGGGUAAAGCUCUACGGAAACGAAGAUUCAGUGAACUUGCUGAGUGAUGGACAAGGCUCGGAGGAAAACUUCUCCAUCCCUUCCUGCUAUGGUGGCAUAGGAGCUCCUGUGGGUAGGCAAGCUACCGGGUCCCACAAUGGGGAGCUGCUGACCAUGGCGAGGAAGGUGCAGGACCUGGAGGAGCGGGUGAAGACCCAGGCUGACCAGAUGCAGUCCAAGGAUGAGAGAAUACAGUCCCUUGAGCAGUUGGUGACGAUCCUCGAGGAGCAGAAGGGCAAGAUGUCCCUGCAGCGGCAGGAGGAGCUGGAGACGGCGUGCGAGCAGCUGCAGCGGCAGGUCCGGGAGAUGGAGCGCUUCCUCGGGGACUACGGUCUGCAGUGGGUGGGCGAGCCCAGGGAGCACGAGGACUCGAGCAGCUCCGAGGAUGACGAGGAGUGGAUGAUAGCCAAGAAGUUCUGGAAGCCAGCGGACUCAUUGGUGCCCCAUGAAGUGGACUAUGACAGGCUGCUGGCCAGCCUGAAGAAUCUCGGUGAGCUGGUGGAAGACGGUGACACCCAGGUGGAGCCAAUGCCCAGAGGAGCACAGGCCCAUGGUCUUGAGCCCAUCCCACUGAAGCUGUACCGGAAUGGCAUAAUGGUAUUUGAUGGGCCCUUCCGGCCAUUCCAUGAUCCCUCCACACAGAGCUGCCUCCGAGACAUAUUGGACGGCUCCUUCCCUGCAGAGCUCCAGAGCCUGUACCCUGAUGGGGUCCCCUUUAAGGUGAGUGACCUGCGCAAUCAGGUUUACCCAGAGGAUGGGCUGGACCCAUUCCCAGGAGAGGACCGAGUGACAGGCAUGCAGAGGAUUCGAAAGGCCCCACUCACGGAGCACACAGGUUCCAGGAUGACCCCUGAGAAGUUUCUGAGCAGGCUCCCCAAAUUAGUGAUCCGUCAAGGCGAGGUGAUUGACAUCCGGGGCCCCAUCCGGGAUGCCCUGCAGAUCUGCUGCCCGUGGCCUCAACCGGUCCAGGAGAUCGUGGUGGAGACGCCUGCCUUGGCUGCCGAGCGUGAGAGGUGA